GUAGGCGGCACCGAUGACGCCGACGACGUCUUUGGUCCAACCCCACGGCACGCGGACGAGCAUGUGGGCGCCCCACAACAUCGCCCGCGCGCCAAAGCUGCGCCAGCUGUGUCAGCCGUGGCGGACGCCGACGAGGUCUUUGGGACGACGCCGCGGAAGGCCUCUGGUGGCUACGAGCCCAAGGACUCGCCUCCGCCAGCAGCACCCGCAGCCACCUCUGACGCCAAAAAGCCCAAGUUUGGGGCUUUGCCAGGCGUACCAGGACAGGCCAAAGCGCCUGCAGAGAUGCCUGCACCAGCUCCCCCAAGUGCUGGUGCACCGAUGCCGCCUGAAGCAGCUCCGGCUCCUCCGAGUCCAGUGGCUGUCCAUGAGCCAACAUCCGCAGCACCUUUGCCAGAUACCUCAGCAGCUGGAGCCCAGAGUUCCCCUGCGCAGGUUCCAGCAGCGCUGAAAGCUGCGCUUCCACGAGCACCAGUGCCCACGUCACUUCCGGCAAAGGCCCCGGAGCCUCCUGUGGAGGCAUCUGCAUCUGCUGGCUACCAGGAUGCAGCCAAAGGGAUGCCGGAAUCAUUGAGAGCUCCGCUUCCCAAAGCGCCCCUGCCGAAGGCUCCGCUGCCCCAACCACCACUUCCACAAACGCCAGCAGCAGCACCUGCACCUCCAACUCCACAUGACAGCCCAGAAGAGCCGCCCAAGACAGAUGCGCCCUCGGACUCCCACAAGAUGGAGCAGAGGGCUUCAGCGCCCCUUCCCCCCACUCCAGCCCCUGCACCACCAACCCCAACAGCAGCACCCGAAGCUGUGAAGGCUCCCAAAGCCAAGUUUGCUCCUCUGCCAGCUGCUCCGCAGCCUGUGGCACCCACCAAACCGGCGGCAAAGGAG